UCCAGAUUGUGCCCCAGUCACUCCACCCCUCGGUUGGCCGGGGCACUGGCGAGCCCGCCCUCCCCGCCGUGGAUUGGCCUGCGGCGGGACCCGUCGGUCGCGGUUGUGUCUGGGAAGGAGAGAAAAUGGCGGCGGAACCGAGCAAGACCGAAAUCCAGACCCUUUUUAAGAGGCUUCGCGCAGUUCCAACCAACAAGGCGUGUUUCGAUUGCGGCGCCAAGAAUCCGAGUUGGGCCAGCAUCACGUAUGGCGUUUUCUUGUGCAUUGACUGCUCUGGGGUGCACCGCUCCCUCGGCGUCCAUCUGAGCUUCAUCAGGUCCACAGAGUUGGAUUCCAACUGGAACUGGUUCCAGCUGAGAUGUAUGCAGGUCGGCGGGAAUGCCAAUGCGACAGCUUUUUUCCGCCAACAUGGAUGCACGGCCAAUGAUGCCAACACCAAAUACAAUAGCCGAGCUGCCCAGAUGUACCGGGAGAAGAUCCGGCAGCUGGGGAGUGCGGCCCUGGCUAGGCACGGCACUGAUCUUUGGAUAGACAACAUGAGUAGUGCUGUUCCUAGUCACUCCCCGGAGAAGAAGGACUCUGAUUUCUUCACAGAACACACUCAACCCCCUUCCUGGGAUGCACCAGCCACUGAGCCUUCAGGGACCCAGCAGUCAGCGUCAUCUGCAGAAAGCAGUGGCCUGGCACAGCCAGAGCAUGGCCCCAACACAGACCUGCUUGGCACCUCACCCAAAGCCUCACUGGAGUCCAUGUAUCUGUCAGCUAAAGGGACCCUUCCUGCCGGAGAACUGAAAAGCUCCAUCAUUGGCAAGAAGAAGCCAGCAGCAGCUAAGAAAGGGCUGGGUGCCAAGAAAGGCCUAGGGGCCCAGAAGGUGAGCAGCCAGAGCUUCAAUGAGAUUGAACGGCAGGCCCAGGUGGCAGAGAAGCUCCGAGAGCAGCAGGCAGCCGAUGCCAAGAAGCAGGCGGAGGAGUCCAUGGUCGCCUCCAUGCGUCUGGCCUAUCAGGAGCUCCAGAUUGAUCGUAAGAAAGAGGAAAAGAAGCUACAGAAUCUGGAAGGGAAGAAGCGAGAGCAGGCAGAGAGGCUGGGCAUGGGCUUGGUAUCUCGAAGCUCUGUCUCCCACUCCGUGCUGUCUGAGAUGCAGGUGAUCGAGCAGGAAACCCCAGUGAAUGCAAAAUCUUCUCGCUCGCAGCUGGACUUGUUUGACGAUGUUGGUACUUUCGCCUCUGGACCCCCCAAGUACAAGGACAACCCCUUUUCCUUAGGAGAAAGCUUUGGUUCCCGCUGGGAUACAGAUGCUGCCUGGGGUAUGGACAGGGUAGAGAAGGAACCAGAAGUGACCAUCUCAAGCAUCCGGCCUAUUUCAGAAAGGGCCACAAACCGGAGGGAGGUGGAGAGCCGGAGCACAGGCCUCGAGUCUAGUGAGGCGCGUCAGAAAUUUGCAGGAGCCAAAGCCAUCUCAUCUGACAUGUUCUUUGGGCGGGAGGUGGAUGCGGAGUAUGAGGCUAGGUCUCGGCUGCAGCAGCUCUCAGGCAGCAGUGCCAUCAGCUCUUCAGACCUCUUUGGGGACAUGGACGGAGCUCACGGAGCAGGAAGUGUAUCUCUGGGGAACGUGCUGCCUACAGCGGACAUUGCCCAGUUUAAGCAGGGUGUCAAGUCUGUGGCUGGGAAGAUGGCUGUGCUGGCCAAUGGUGUGAUGAAUUCCUUGCAGGAUCGCUACGGUUCCUACUGAUCCGAGCUCUGUGACUCAGGCAUACGGUGGUGACAGCAGCAAGAACUCCACAGAUCCCAGGCCGCGGAUGCUUGCCUUGUGAAAGCUGGGGAGGAUUUGUUACUUUGUAUGUGUGGUGUGUGCGUGGGGUAGCCUAUGAGGCCACCUGUGAGGGGAAUGGUCAGUACCAGCCCUUGACCUCUGCCUGUGGACUGAGCCCCUUAUUGCCCCCACACACAAACCGUGUGUUCGCCUCUUGUCCUUCUGUCCUGCCCCCACAGCUGCUGCUCACUUGUCCUGCCACACUGGGAGAGGGGUUCCCCCAGGAUGGCUUAUUCUGGGUCCAGCCUUUCCACAAGUAGGGAAAGCGGAAGGUAGAAGGCUUUUGUGCUGGCUCUAGGGUUCUUCUAGCUCAAGGGCUUGGGCCUCCAUCCUCCGGAACUGGAGGAGGCCUGGAAGGAGUUCACUGUAGACCCGUCCUCUGGGGAAAGAGGCUGCGGACUUGUUGCUGCUGCUGUCAGCGGCCUCUUCUGGGUGCCAGGAGAGGGUGAGGGAGGGGAAGGACCUUUGGGCUUUACUAAGGGCUGGGAACUUUACCUGGUACCUAAAGGUUUCAUUCAGGAUCAGACUGGAGGCCUGAGUGGUCUCCCGUCUCACCACCACUUUCUGCGGUAAGCACUUGGAAGAUGACUUCCAGGAGUCUCAGGGUCCUUCUGUACCAUCUACUGUGGGCCACAGGACCCUCUGUGACAUUCUGUGUCCCUUCUUCCCCUGGUUGGUGGCCACAGAGGGUCUGGUCUGCUGUUUGUCAACUCUGGAUGCUGUGAGCUGAUGCUGGCCAGGGAAGCAGACGGUGUGAGGGGCAGAGGCAGGCUCCCAAGGCUCAGCUCCUUCCUCUGCAUCAUUCUGGGCUUGGGGGCCUGGAUGGCACCUGCCAGUGACAGCUUGUGGGCCUCACCCUCUGGGAGCUGAGCCAUGCGCUGUGACAUUCUUGGUGCCAUCUUCCCCUGUUGCGCCGGCAGUCUCGGCCCAGCCCCCACCUUUGGGUUGUAGGUUGGGCUCCCAAGCAACACAGACGACUCCUCCCCCUUGCCCCACCCCCAGAGGGACAUGACUUUCUUUCUGGACUGUUUGUAUUAAAGCGAAGUGGUGUCAAAAUAAAGCCCCUGCAGGGCCUGGCUCCCUGUUGGUCUGAGUGAA